GACAUCAGCGGUGGAGGGUAGCAACAGUUGCCUCGAGACCCUGUCGCGCCAUAGUGACUGUAGCCGUGGAUACAGUUACUUACCAACGGAGCAACACUCAGCAACAGCAGCCGCAGCAUCUGGAGGUCACAGCGAGUGGGAGAGAGGGGAAACAGAGCAGAACUUUUCUCAAAACUAAGCAUGCAGAGCUCAGAGGGAGGGUCAGAUGCCACGACCAGUGUGGCAACACUGCGGACAUCAUCAUCAGCUCAGGCUCCUGUUGUACAGCCAGUUCCGGCAUCUCAGCAGAGGGUGCUGGUACAAGCCACAGGCUCAGCUCAGAAGGGAGGACAAGUACAGCCUCUUUCAGCACCAAGAGUGCAACAGGGCUCUCAGCAGGUCCAGUCGGUGCAGCAUGUCUAUCCAUCACAGGUCCAGUAUGUCGGGGAAAGUGGCGAUGCAGUUUACACCAAUGGAACAAUCCGCACAGCUUACUCUUACAAUCCAGAGGCCCAGCUGUACGGCCAGAGCAGUGGAGGCCCCUACUUUGACUCACAGGGUGGCAGUGGUCAUGUCACCACGGUGGUGUCCUCGGCCAGUGGUGGCGUUCCAUCCCACAGCAUGGUGGGCAUCACCAUGGACGUGGGCAGCAGCCACAUCAUCUCCAGCGGAAGCACCUACUUAAUCCACGGAGGGAACAUGGAAGCAGGCCGAAACCAUAUUUCUCACUCCUCCCGCUCCUCCUCGGCUAUGCUUGAAAUGGCGAUUGAAAACCUCCAAAAGUCUGAGGGAAUUGCGAGUCACAAAAGCAGCCUGCUCAACAGCCAUCUCCAGUGGCUGCUGGAUAACUACGAGACAGCGGAGGGGGUAAGUCUGCCCCGCUGCUCCCUCUACAACCAUUAUCUAAGGCACUGCCAGGAACAGAAACUAGAUCCGGUCAAUGCGGCCUCCUUCGGCAAGCUCAUCCGCUCUGUCUUCAUGGGCCUCAGGACCCGACGCCUCGGAACCAGAGGAAACUCAAAGUAUCAUUACUACGGUAUCCGAGUGAAACCAGACUCUCCGCUAAACCGGCUGCAGGAAGACACGCAGUACAUGGCCAUGAGGCAGCAGCCAGUCCACCAAAAGCAGAGGUUCAAGCCUCUCCAGAAGGUGGAUGGGAUGUCGGACAGUCUGUGCGGGAGCUCUCAGCACUGCACUAACGCUCCAGAGCAGUCGGUGGCAGCACAACACCAUUUGCAGUACAUUGACACGUCCCACUCCCUGCCUCCAUUUCCGUCUCCUGACCUCGGCGCCCAGCCUCUUCCUGAGCGAAUCAGCUUGAACGACAUAAAGAAGCUGCAGACGCUCUACAGAGCGCACUGUGAGGCGACGCUGGAUGUGGUGAUGAACCUCCACUUCCACCUCAUCGAAAAACUGUGGCAGAAGUUCUGGUAUUCAACGCUGCCAUCUAGUGACGGAAACACGGCGAUGAACAGCGACGACGACAUAGACGCAGUGAUUCCGCGCGACAAGCUGCUGUGUCUCUGCAAGUAUGAGCCGAUCCGACUGUGGAUGCGGAGCUGCGAUCACAUCCUGUACCAGGCGCUGGUGGAGAUCCUGAUCCCCGACGUCCUGCGACCCGUCCCCAGCACGCUCACUCAGGCCAUCCGGAACUUUGCCAAGAGUCUGGAGGGCUGGCUGACCAACGCCAUGACCAACUUCCCUCAAGAAGUCAUCCGCACCAAGGUGGCCGUGGUCAGCGCCUUUGCACAAACCCUGAGGAGAUACACCAGUUUGAACCACCUGGCCCAGGCAGCCCGAGCUGUCCUCCAGAACACCUCGCAGAUCAACCAGAUGCUGUCCGACCUCAACCGGGUGGACUUUGCUAACGUUCAGGAGCAGGCCUCCUGGGUCUGCCAGUGUGACGAGAACAUGGUCCAACAUCUGGAGCAGGACUUCAAGGUCACCCUGCAGCAGCAGAGCUCUCUGGACCAGUGGGCCACCUGGCUGGACAACGUGGUGUCUCAGGUCCUGAAGCCGCACCAGGGGAGUCCCACUUUCCCCAAAGCUGCUCGUCAGUUUCUGCUCAAGUGGUCCUUCUACAGCUCCAUGGUGAUCCGGGAUCUGACUCUGCGCAGUGCCGCCAGCUUCGGCUCCUUCCACCUGAUCCGCCUGCUGUAUGACGAGUACAUGUUCUACCUGGUGGAGCACCGAGUGGCCCAGGCCACUGGGGAGACUCCCAUCGCUGUCAUGGGAGAGUUCAGCGACCUGACCUCCAUGGUGCCGUCGCUCAUGGAAAAGGACGCUUCCUUCUCUGAUGAGAUGAGCGACUUGGGCAGCGACGCCGAUGUGUCCAGAGGUUCGACUGAACCAGCCGUCAAGAGAGAGCGCAUCGAGCUGAGCCACCCGCUGCAGGAGAUGUGAACUUCCAGCACAAGGUCUUGUUUUGGAUGUAAAUAGACGGUGAUGGUAGCAAACCUUUAGGAAGCUUUUUUUUUUUUUAAACUGUCAGCAUCACAGGUGUGGUUCUGUGCUCGCUCUGUGAUGGACUUGGUGCAUUACUUUUCUAUUGUAACUCCUCUUCAUGUCUUAACUAGCCGUGCCAUCGUGUCUUUUGAGUGCCUUAGAUUGCUAAACCACCAGUGCAGACGUCCUCGGUCGUGCCUCCUCCUCCUCAGUAUGAAUGUAUCGCCUCUGACCUUCAGAACACCUUCAGCCUGGGCCGGCUCAUAUCCUCAGCGAGGGCUGCUGGGUGACCUUUAAAGGACCUCCUCGUCGGUCGGUUAAUGGCUAAGACGUUGAAGUUUACCUCAGAUAACUGUUUAUAAAUAAAUGUUUUGUUCACCUCUGAUUCAGCAGCAGUGCAAACUCUCAUUGUCAUGGUGAUGCUCUCGUUUCACAGUGACACCUUAUCCGAUAAGUCUUUAGGGCUCCUACAGUUUGGGAUCCACAAAAAAGGAAAUGACUUCGGAGCCAUAACAUGGUUGUGGCUCCACUUGCCAGCAGCUUUAACCCUUGGUCAAAAUAAACGCUGUUAGAUCUCACAUUCUAACUUGUAAGAGAAAAUUGUCUUUUACAUUUUUAUACCCCCAGUUUGGGUUUUUUUAACCUUCAAACCAGCAGUCCAACUCUGACUCUGUUUUUCUUCACGGCCAAAUGUGUGGAGGAACAGUAUUGUGAAUGAGUAGCCAAAAUACGGAGAACUUGACUCCUUGCUGCUUCACCAACGGGAGCAUCGUCAUGUCUUUGUGACUUGCAGUAAAGGUUCAAGGAGACAUUUCAUUACAUCCUUGAAACCAAUCGAUCAGCUCGAAAUGUCAAACAAGUCUCUCAGUUUUUAUUUUCCAAGUGUGUGUGGACCUUUAACAUGAACAUUUAACUCAGUUUUUAGUCCAAAACAAUUCCAGGACCGAUAUAAAAUAGUUUGCGCGUGUUCUUGUUUCAACCACCCCCCAAAAAUCUCUUCAGUCUGACUGAAUCCCAAAAUCGAUGUAUUGAGUUGUUCCAAAAGUUGAUCAAUAUAUUUAUGACUUGUGUGUCCCUCAUGACAAAGAUGUCGUAGCUAUUGUGCCUGUUGCCGUCAAGUGCUUUGAAGAAAGGAAAAAAAAGUUUUUAUGUGUAAUUUGUAACGUUUUGUAAUGUUUUAGAUCACCGUCGGAUGAUCCCGUUUUAUUGAUAUGAUGAAACCGGAACUUUAUUUUUGUGUAUUUUGAAGUCGUUCACUGUCACACACAGAUGGGACGACGUUUGCCCUGGAUAGUCGUAUUUUGGUCACAACGUGAAACAAAUAAACUGGUG